AUGGCCUCCUUAACUCAAACCAAUCUCGACGGUAUAUUACCUUUGAUUGCCAGGGGUAAAGUUAGAGACAUCUACCAAGUUGACGAUGCUACAUUAUUGUUUGUAGCUACUGAUAGAAUCUCUGCUUAUGAUGUUAUAAUGGAAAAUGGUAUCCUGUCCAAGGGUAAGAUAUUGACUAAAUUGUCUGAAUUUUGGUUCGAAUUUUUGAGUGAAUCUAUUCCCAACCAUUUGAUUUUGACCAAGAACGACGACGCUAGUUUGUUUGCCAAGUUACCUAAAGAAUUAUCUGAGCCCAAAUAUAAAGAUCAACUUUCAGGAAGAUCUCUUUUGGUUAGAAAAUUGAAGUUGAUUCCCUUAGAAGUCAUUGUCAGAGGUUACAUCACCGGAUCUGCUUGGAAGGAAUACAAGAAGACUCAGACUGUCCAUGGGUUACCUGCAGAAGCUGGUUUACAAGAAUCACAAGAGUUCCCAACACCAAUCUUCACACCUUCAACAAAGGCUGAACAAGGAGAGCAUGAUGAAAACAUUUCUCCCGAGAAGGCUGCUGAGAUUGUCGGCAAGCAAUUGUGUGACCAACUUGCUUCUAAAGCCAUUGAGUUGUAUUCCAAAGCCAAGGAGUUUGCAAAGACAAAAGGAAUCAUCAUUGCUGAUACCAAGUUCGAAUUCGGAUUAGACAGUGAGGGUAACAUUGUACUUGUUGAUGAAGUGUUGACCCCUGACUCCUCCAGAUUCUGGAAUGCAUCUACCUUCAAGCUUGGCCAAUCACAGGACUCUUACGAUAAGCAAUUCUUGAGAGAUUGGUUGACUUCCAAUGGGUUGGCUGGAAAAGAUGGUGUUUCUAUGACAGAGGAGAUUAUCACCAAAUCCAAGGCCAAGUACAUUGAAGCCUAUGAAUCUUUGACCGGUGAAAAAUGGUCAGAUUAA